GCUGUUGUUUACUUCGCGUUCCCGAAACGUCUAGGGUUUGUUUAUCUCUGCAAUCCUGCUAAUCUGUCCAAGAUUGAAAUCUACUGAACGAGACGGAAGAGAUGUCGAUGAAGGUAACGCUGAAGAGCUCAGAUGGCGAGGAGUUCGUGGUGGAAGAAGCGGUGGCUAGGGAGUCGCAGACGAUUCUGCACAUGAUUGAGGAUGGAUGCGCUGAUAGUGGUAUCCCUCUACCCAACGUCAACAGCAAGAUACUCGCGAAGGUCAUCGAGUACUGCAAGAAGCACGUCGAAUCUGUGUCAAAGCCCUCUGGAACUGGUAGUGUCGACGACAAGCCUAUCGAAGAGGAGCUCAAGAAUUGGGACGCUGAUUUUGUGAAGGUUGACCAGGCCACCCUCUUCGACCUAAUCCUGGCUGCUAACUAUCUGAACAUCAAAGGGCUGCUGGAUUUGACCUGCCAAACUGUUGCUGAUAUGAUAAAGGGCAAAACUCCAGAAGAGAUCCGCAGGACAUUUAACAUAAAGAAUGACUUCACACCUGAGGAAGAAGAGGAGAUUCGGAGGGAGAAUCAGUGGGCGUUCGAGUGAAGGGCUGCUCUAAUUUGGCUUCUCUGUCUCUUUUUUUUUUUUUAUCUGCUGCGUCUAUCCGUGGAUUUGUAAUUAGGUUUUUACACUCGUGAAUGUCUGUUAAAUUUGCCUUCCUAGAACUACUGUACUCCAAAAUGUUUUUUUUCCUCCCCUCACCGUUAACUUGCAUUUGCUUAAUGUUUUAAUGUUAGGGCUCUUUUCGUUGCC